CACAGUCAGGUUCAGUCUCUCCGCCUGUCGGUGGUGAUCCCAGUCGGUGCAGGCUUCUCAGGAACCAGGACACCAGCCGUGAUGCAGCGUGCUUUGUUUAGCCGGAGCGCGCUGCUCGCCCAGCAGGCAGCAACAGCCCUUGACAGUCCGCUGGCCGCAAGGAGCGCGCCUCUGCUGCAGCGACUGGACCGCUCCAUGUCCUCCGUCACCAUCCCGCCGCCAGCGUGCAUGCUCCGGCCGCUGGAGGCUCCACUGCGUUACCUGUUCGGACCGGGACCCUCAAAUGUUCCUCCACGUAUCUUAGCUGCACAGGGCAGGCCGAUCAUUGGUCACCUGCACCCAGAAAUGUAUGAGAUCAUGAAUGACAUCAAGCGAGGGAUCCAGUACGUCUUUCAGACAGAGAACAACAUGACUAUAGCUAUGAGCGGAUCGGGGCACGCGGCCAUGGAGUGUGCAGUGUUCAAUACGGUGGAGCCCGGAGAGAGCGUGGUCAUUGCCAUCAACGGAAUCUGGGGAGAGCGCGUUGCAGAAAUAGCAGAGAGAAUGGGUGCCAAUGUACAUAGAAUGGUAAAAGCACCCGGUGGAUAUUUCAGCAAUAAAGAAAUUGAACAGGCCAUAGAAAAACACAAGCCUGUCCUGUUUUUCCUCACACAUGGAGAGUCCUCUGCUGGCCUCUGUCACCCAGUCGAAGGCAUUGGAGACAUCUGCGAAAAACAUAACUGUCUCUUCCUGGUGGACACAGUCGCAUCUCUUGGUGCAGCACCAAUUUUUAUGGACAAGCAAAAUAUUGACAUCCUGUACAGUGGUUCUCAGAAGGCUCUGAAUGCACCUCCUGGUACAGCACCCAUCUCCUUUAAUGACAGAGCAUGCCACAAGAUGUUUAACAGGAAAACAAAACCAGUAUCCUACCUCUUUGAUAUGACACAUUUGUCCAACUACUGGGGUUGUGAUGGCCAACCAGCCAGAGUAUAUCACCACACUGGUCCAGUCUCUGGAUUCUUCGCCCUGAGAGAGGGUCUGGCAAUUGUUGCUGAGAAGGGGCUUGAAGAGUCCUGGAGGAAACACAAAGAGGUGGCAGCCUAUCUGUACAGAGGACUGGAGGACUUGGGCCUGAAGCUCUUCAUCCCUGAACGGGACCUGAGGCUUCCCUCUGUCACCACCAUCGCCAUCCCUGAAGGCUACAACUGGAGGGAGCUGCUGGCCUACAUAAUGAAACACCACCAGAUGGAGAUGACCGGAGGCCUGGGCCCUUCCAUUGGCAUGGUGAUGAGAAUCGGAUUGAUGGGAUACAACUGCGAGAAGAGGAAUGCUGACAUGGCACUGCACGCCCUGGCAGACGCUCUCAAGAACUGCAAAAAAAGCAAAGCUUAAAAUUCCCUGACCACUCACCCUGCACUCUUUGAUUAGGGAAUAAAAAGUAAACAUUCAGUGUACCCAACAUGCUGGACACCUGGGACGGCGCUUAAAGUUCAGGGAUGUUUCUGUGCUUUUUACUGCAGAGAUUUUAUAAAAUACAGGUUUGGAAAUAAAGGAGGAGCCAUAUUAUCAUGUAGUCCAUGCUGGGUGCACUGGAAGAUGUCAAUAAAGUGUGCUUUAAUUUAUCAAA